AUGGCCUCGCGCCGUGGACCGCAGCCGGAGCAGGAGGCUGCGGGCGGUGGCAGAGGAGGAGCAGAGGCGACACGGAGGAGGCCCAGAGGGUGGCGAGCCGUCGCCUUCAUCAUCGGGGUCUACGCGGCAGCUUAUAUCGCGGGCAACGCCUUCUCCUUCUCCCUCACCAGCUACCUCAUCGGCCGUUACAACAUGAAGCAGAACGCCGCCACGAACGUGAACAACAUCUUCUCCGGCACGUUCAACUUCGCGCCCGUCGUCGGAGCCUUCGUCGCCGACGCGUUCUGGGGCAGGUUCAGAACCCUGCUGUUUGGAACCGUGGUCGGAGUUGCGGCAAUGGCGGUUAUCACUCUAUCGGCGACUGUCCAUGAGCUUAAACCUCCAACGUGCAGCCCGAUGGCACAGCAAGCCGGGACGUGUGUCGCCCCGUCGACGCUGCAGCGAGCCGUGCUCUACCUCGGCAUGGGGCUGCUCGUGGUGUCCGCCGGCGGCAUGAACCCGACUAGCCUGCCCUUCGGCGCGGACCAGUUCGACGAGAGGAAAGAGCAGCACAAGGGAGGGCUCGCGCGCUUCUACAACUGGUACUACGCCGUCGCCAUGAUAGCCACGUUCCUGGCGCUCACCGUCGUGCUGUACGUCCAGGUCAACGUGAGCUGGGGCCUCGGCUUCGCCAUCCCCACGGCGCUCAUGGCCGUCGCCUUCGUGGUGUUCCUCGUAGGCACCAAGGUGUACGUCUACGUGCCGCCCGAGGGCAGCAUCUUCUCGAGCGUCGCGCGGGUGUUCGUCGCGUCGUGCCUCAAGUGGAGGCUCCCGCUGCCGCACCCCGAGGACGCCCGGCGGCAGGAGGAGCUCCUGUACAACCCUCCGGCCGCCGUCGGGAACGGGCGCCGCGUGUUCAAGCUCCCCCUUACUCUGCAGCUCAGCUUUCUAAACAAGGCGGCCAUCGUGACCGACGCCACCGAGGAGAUACGGCCCGACAGCUCCCCGGCGAGGGCGUGGAACCUGUGCAGCGUGCAGCAGGUGGAGGAGGCCAAGUGCCUCCUGAAGAUCAUCCCCGUGUGGAUCUCCGGCACCAUGUGGUUCACCGUCGUGACGGAGCUGAUAAACUACACGUUCCUCCAGGCGUCAACCAUGGACCUCCACAUGGGGAAGCACUUCACCAUCCCGCCGGCGUCGAUCGUCGCUGUGCUCUACCUCUCCGUCGCGCUAUUUGUGCCCGUCUACGACCUGCUCAUCGCCCGCGCCGCGCAGCGGGUCACCAAGGCAGGACGCGGCAUCACCUUGCUCCAGAGGCAGGGCGCCGGGCUGGUGGUCGGCGCGCUGGCGUUCGUGGUCGCGGCCGCCGUGGAGCGGAGGCGGAGGCACUCCGCGCUGGCACACGGCGACGGCAUGUCCCCGCUGUCCGUGUUCCUCCUGGCGCCGCAGCUUGCCGUGAUGGGCGUGUCGGGUGGGUUCAGCAUGGUGGGACAGACGGAGUUCUACAACACGCAGUUCCCAGACCAGAUGCGCACUCUCGCCAACGCGGCCUUCUACUGCGCGCAGGGCGUCAGCAGCUACCUGGCCACGCUCGUGGUAAGCAUCGUGAACGCGAGGACGAGGCAACACGGUGGGUCUGCGGGCUGGGUCACCGACGACAUCAACGCCGGGAGGAUCGACUACUUCUACUACGCCAUGGCGGUGCUCACUGGAGCCAACUUCGUCUACUUCCUCGUGUGCUCACACUUCUACCAGUACAAGGGCGAGCAGGCUGCUGACACUCCUGCUGGACGUGAACCUGUAACGGACAGUGGUAGCUUAAGCGAGAGUGACGCCGCACUCCUAAAGACAUAA